UAUUAAAAGUACAUGCAUCUGCAUAAAUCUCACAAGUCAUGUGUGCUGUCAUCAGAAUGAUAUGGAUGUAUUGUUUCAACACUUGAGGCUUUAUGUCGACAACUUCAAGCAGUUGGGCAUCAUGGUCUGAUAACCCAUUGUACACGGGACCAAUUGUAUAAUUCAUAAUUUUAUGAAUAUUUAUAAAUAUGGUAUCUAUUAUUGUUCUAGAUUGAUUUUGGAUUUUAGUAGGGAAAUGUACUAUAGAUGACAGAUUAUAGGUCUGCAGUACUGCAUCUAGCCGUUUUCUUUUUUCAUUGUCUGUUAAAUAAUCUGUAUUUAUGUCCCCACAUAUAAUAAACUUCGAUUCUACUUUAUAAAGUGAACUUAUUAUUUUAUCUAACCCAUUAAGAAAUUAAAUAAAAUUGCCAAUGGGUGCCCUAUAUACUGCCAGUACAUAUAUAUUUGUAGUGGCUUCUAAUUUUAAUGCACAUAUUUCGAAAUCCUACUCCUUACAAUAUCUACCCAUAUCUAUCAUCAAGAAUUUAAGAUUUUUAUGUAUGGAUAUGCAAACCCCACCUUUCUCUGUUGAUUUCCUACAGUAUGAGGUAGUGAGUCUGUAACCAUCCAUGCUAAUUUGAUCUAUUUCAAGCUGUUUAAGAUGAUGUUCUGUAAGGCAUAUAAUAUGUGGUAAAUCAUGAAAUGCCAAGCUGAUUAACUCAUCUACUUUUUUUUGUAGUCCACAUAUGUUUUGAUGGGGUAUUCUCAAUGGGUUAAUGUCUAUUGUUGAGUUAUCACCUGUCCUAAGCUUUCUUCUUUCUUUAUUAUUGGAGUUUUUUUUUUUUGUCUUCUGUCCAUCCAUAAAAAAUCAUCAUCCUUGUAGUAGGAGGUUUACGAACUCUUUGUAUUGAAUUAGUAUUUGUAACAUCCAACUUUAGUUCAUUAUGUUCUGACCAUUGCUAUUCUGGAGGACACUAUCGCUGCAGAUGUCUGCAUCCUCUCUUCUUAUACUCUGAUUAUUGGCUUUUUCUUGUGUUAUUUUGAUCUUAUCUUCCUCAUAGGUCACUGCUUCUCACUUUUCCAUCCCUAUAUUGUGUUCUUGCUGUGAAGUUUGACUAUAUGUAUGUUGUGCUUUGUUUGUGACUAUUUCCACAUCCUAUCAAAUUGUUUUCUGUACAUAUUUAUGGAAAAUGAAUGAAUGAAUAAGCAUGAAUACAGUGUAAUCUCUUCAAUGCUGGGUGAAUCAGUAUCCAGUACUAUAACUCAUCUCAUUUUUAAUACACUCUGUACGUGUAUAUGUAUUUUAGGGUACAGUGAGAUGAAUUCCUUUGGUAUUAUCCUGUAGGUGCAUCCAAUUGUUCCUGCCCCAGGUGAUAUAUGGGGCAUUAGCGGAAUAACUGGCGGCAAGAGAGAGAAACCUACUAUGUUCAUCACAAAUACCACAUGGGCUGCUGUGGGAUUGAACCUGGCCCUUCGCUUACUUUGCAAGUGUGAAAUACUAUGCCUGCAUCUGGCUGUGAUCCUGUGACUUCUUCCCUGCGCUUGUCUUUGGAAGCGAGCCAAGGCUCUGAAGAUAACAGUCUUGAUAAACGUCUUGUAGCCUCAGCUGCACGGGUUUUGUUGACUCAUAUUGAAUAUGAACCUCAUGGAAAUUGCUUGGAAGAUGUUCUCAAUAAUCUAAAAAAUAAGUGUAUUGUGCUGAGGAGUCAAGACAUAGCCAAGAAUGGGACAGAUGCAGCUGCUUCAUCCUCAACCCCGAACAUGCCAGUGAGUAACAUUGGUAGUAAUCAGAACGGAAAUAUGAAGCCAGAACCUGACUCCAUCCUGCCAACACCAAAGAUAACAUUGUUUCCAGCACAUGAUAUACAGUUGGGUUGGAGAGGAACACACUGUGUAGGUGCUGGAAUGAUUAAUGUUGGUAACACUUGCUACCUCAAUUCAACAUUACAGGCUCUGUUCCAUGUCCCAGCAUUCAUCAACUGGCUGCACAGUGACAAUAGCCAUCUCAGCAAUUGUACAACAGUUGUGAAUGGGACAGUGAAUGGAGAGUGCAUCAUAUGCGCGAUGAACAAGACAUUGAAAGCAUCACAGAGCAAAUCGGGCACUAUCAUAAAACCAUUCCUCAUAUACAACAGAUUGAAGCUUAUCUGCAAGCACCUUGUGCAUGGUCAGCAAGAGGACGCGCAUGAGUUCAUGCGCUAUCUUCUAGAAAGCAUGGAGAAAUCCUACCUGACUCGCUACAAAGACCUCAAGCUGGACAGUUACAGCAAGGAAACUACACCACUGAAUCAAAUAUUUGGUGGUUAUAUCAGAACAGAAGUGACGUGCUUGCAGUGUGGUGGUGUGUCCACAACAUUCCAGCACUGUCAGGACUUGCUCCUGGAUAUUCGACGUGCAUCCACAUUGGAUGAUGCUUUGGCAGCCUAUUUCUGCAAAGAACGUCUAGAUGGGGAUGAUGCCUAUCGAUGUGAGCGAUGUCACAGGAAAGUUUCAGCUACAAAGAAAUUUUCUUUGGAGAAACCUCCUCAAGUUCUUUGCAUACAGUUCAAGAGAUUCAGCAUCUUGGGAGGAAAGAUCAACAAACAUGUUUCAUUCUCCCUGAGACUGGAUCUUACGAGGUUCCUUUGUCCUCAGUCAGCUCAUCGUGGCCCAGUGCCACUUACAUAUCGUCUUGUUUCCAUGGUAACACAUGUUGGCUCAUCGGUCCACUGUGGCCACUACACUGCAGUGGCACAGACUUCUAUGGGUCAUUACUAUCAAUUUGAUGACAGCUCUGUGCGGCCUAUCUCGUUGUCGGCAGUCCUAGACACUAAUGCAUAUAUUAUGAUGUACGAGCGUGAACCUAAAAUUCCAUCAGUGCCACAGAAAAGUGUUGUGUCUGCUGCAGCCACGGUUGCUACUUGUACUGUCAAUGGUCAGAAAACCAACUUGUCUCCACAAGGACCUCUCAGUCACAAGAUUGGAUCAGUGGUAAAUCAUCGGCAAGGCUGUGAUUCCAAUUCUACUGUAUACACGUGUGCUUCACCUCUUCCAUCUGCAAAAGAUAGGGACCGUGUUGUGUUUGGCUUGCACCAGCCGGCUGUGUCACCCACACCAGCACGAUUGGUGAUGCACAUAAAGAAUGGCAAAGUAUACCGCACUCCACCUCAGCCUUCUCCUCAACGGCGGGAGCUAAGCGCAUCAACUGCGGCCAGCUCGGCAGCCAGUCUUGUGCCAUACUGUGAGUCAGGUGAAGAUGAGUCAAGUUCCUGUGACUCAGAGGCAGCACCCCGUUGCUCAUGGGACAUGCCUAGCCUUGGAGAAGUGAGCCCUCCCUCCCAACUCUCCAGACCUGUGCUCAUCAGUGGCAAAGUUCCAGCAAAGACCAUUUUAGAAAGGAACAUCUGUUCCAGUGCCAGUGUUCCUACCAGUGGAGAGACAGCUAAUAGCAGUCAAUAUCCUAAGGCCAGUUGCACAGCUGUUGGUAAAAGUGUUCAGAUUAAGAAAUCAGACACUAGUAAUUUAAGUAUGAGUCUUUCAGAUUUAACUGUGAAAAGUAAUAGUGAAGUUAAAAGUUUGCAGCCUGAAGACAUUUGUUGUGAGAGCAGUACUAGUUCUGUGUCACAUGGUAAAGCAAGAAGUGGCCAGGAUGGUGGUUCACAGUUGAUGAGGCUGGAUAUCAGGAACAGCUCUGUAAGUGUGGCAUCAGAGGUGACCUCUGCAGAAGUUAGGCAAAAUGUGGAUGAAGAAGUAACUGGUAGCAGCACAACGGUGAAUACCUCUGUCCCCUCAAGCCAUGGGAAACAUAGUACAGCUUGGCAAGUGACAGAUUUGUUAUACCACAGUCCUUCUGUAGCUAGCGAGAGUAGUAGUAGCAGUAACAGUUUCGCCAAUUCGACAACAGACUGGACUGUAUCCGACAUAAAGCAAAAGCUUAAUCAUAUCUCAUCAAAAUGUAAGGGACCAUUUGCUCAUAAGUCUUGUUGCCCAGACAGUGACAUAACUGUGAAUGACAUGAAACUGAUAAAAGAUGAAUCAGAACUUUCACUAUCUCACAUUGGCAGUGCGACAACACAUACCAAAAGUGAGGGUGACAGCGUGACAGUGAGAGCCGGACAUGUUAAGGAAACAAAGAACUGUGAUGAAGAGAUACAGACAACCUUAUCACAACCAGAAAGCAAUAACAUGAAAGUCUCUGAUGUGGAAGAAUGUAAUUUGAAACAGUACAGCAGGAAACGAGAGAAGAAACCAAAGAAGUUAAAGAAACAUAAAAACAGGAAAGAGAAGUCAGCAGCAGAUGGCAGUGAGGGGUCUGAGGCUACGAACGGUGAUGAGCAUGAAAGCUACGAAUGGGUAGAAAAAACCCAUGAGACCCUGGGAAUAAGCACUACAUACCAAGCACAGACAAAUGGCCAUUGCUGGACUGGGUCUCAUAAGCCUGAUGUUACUAAUCACUUAACUCAUCUGUCACAUCGAGGUUAUGGUUCUGCAAAUGUGACAAACUGGUCUGGUGAACGCUGUCAUAUGGAUGAAGAGUUAGAGCAUGAUCGCAGAGAAGACAGGAAGAGGAACUGUCACAGUGCCUAUGAUGAAGAGUUUGAUAGAGGGAGGGUGAAGAAAGUGAAACACCAUCAUUCAGACUCUUAUCACAGCAAGCUGAAAUACAAUCCUUUCCAGGAGUAUCACAAUUACAAACACCAAUGGGGGAAUAGUAAUGGUGGUGGUUAUUAUCAGAAACCAUACAGGCCGUACAAUCAUUACAGUACCUACCAACCUCGUCAUAAGCAAUAUGCUGGUCGAAACAAGGGAUAUCACAAUGGAAAUAAAUUCCAUAAUCAUUACUCUAAGAGAGAUCGAUGGAGACAAUGAGUGGUGAACAUGUAGAAAGGAUGUAAUGUGUUUUUGUAAUCUCUGAUGAAACUGAAUUUAUUGGUGCAUACAACAUAUAAAGAAUUUAAGUUGUUUAGACCCAUUAGAUGUUACAAAACAUCUGUUCACAGACUGUGAAGUGAGAAAUAUCAUUUAUUUCCAGACCAGAACAUAGUGAUUGUGCACAAGUUUUGAAACAUUGCAGCUUCUUCCAUUGCUAUUCUCAUCUGUGUUUUUAUCACAUUUCAAAACAAUGGUUUUCACCAGGAGAACAACCCUUUUUUUAAUUUUGUACUGGAUGAAUCAUGUAUCAUGGAACAUGGGUGUUACAUGUAAGGAAACUUCUGUAGUGUUUUAAUAAAUUAAAAUGAAAGCAUCUAAUUGCAAGUAAACUAUGUUUGAUUUCAGUAAACAAUAACAGCUCAUAAUUCAUGGCACCUAGAUCAGGUUUGACACACACACACAUUCACAGUGCAUACCAUGUAAUAGCUCAUGGGGGUCUUCUUUGUUUUGGUUAACUGACUCUGCAGUGGAAACAAGUGGAGGAUAGAUACAUUGCAAAGAAAAUGUUAACAUACAACCCAGUAAAAUGAUGAAGCGUAGGGCACCCACAGUCAAGAUAGAGGGACCAACAUACUCUGAAGAGGAUGGAACAGGCAGAGCAUGGCCUAAUUGACAGAGGCUGAUGAUGAAGAGGUUAACCAACUGAACUGUCACUGUCUGUAGAGCAGUGUUCUUGAGAAGCUAA